UGUAUCUGAAAAAAAAAAAACAGAAAAAAAAAACCCACAAAUUAAUUUUUUUUAAAUGAAAAAUGUUCGUCUAUUUUUGGAAAACGAUAAGCAGAUUCCACUCACUUUUCCGUAAAUCUUUAACCCGCGUUUUCGAUGUGGAUUCUCUGACGAAGCAUCCCAGAAUAGUUUUCCGCUUCGUCCCCUCUCUCAACUGUCAUGACUAUCUGGCUUUCGCUUUAUCAAUCCCUCUCUUUCUCUCUUCCUACGAAACAUCCUUGAAAUUUCUUCCUUCAGAAAAAGAAGAAGAAUGAAGCUUAUGAGUCGAAUUUCGUUUCGUUCGAGGAAUCGAGUUCAGCAAUUCUCAUUAGGUUCUCAAACUACCGUACCUUCAGAUUCCAUGGACCAUUUUAAUCCCGAGAGUUGGGAGCUAUUCAUGGGAAACAUGAACUCCGAGAAUAUGCUGAAGGACUUCCACAUUCCGAAUUAUAUGCUUGUACCGGGAUCAGAGGUCCAACGUUGUAGUUAUAUUCCUGCUUGUCCGGUCCUAGUGUUCAUCAAUUCUAAAAGUGGUGGUCAGCUAGGAGGCCAACUUCUUGUUACUUUUCAAAAUCUUCUCAAUAAGAACCAGGUUUUUGACUUGGGAGAAAAGGCUCCUGAGAAGGUGCUACACCAGCUUUAUGUUACUCUUGAGACACUCAAAUACAAUGGAGAUGUUUUUGCUGCUGAAAUUGAAAAAAGAUUAAGAUUAAUUGUUGCAGGUGGAGAUGGUACUGCCAGCUGGCUCCUUGGAGUAGUUUCCGAUCUUAAACUACCUCAACCACCUCCAAUAGCGACGGUGCCAUUGGGAACUGGAAACAACCUGCAUUUUUCAUUUGGCUGGGGAAAGAAAAAUCCUGGCACAGACGAGAAAUCUGUAAUGUCCUACUUAUGUCAAGUAAGGUUUGCAAAGGAAAUGAAAAUUGACAGCUGGCAUAUUAUAAUGAGAAUGAGGUCUCCUAAAGAAGGCUCUUGUGACCCUAUUGCACCCCUCGAACUGCCACAUUCUUUGCAUGCAUUUCAUCGUGUAUCACAAUCUGAUCAACUGAAUAAGGAGGGUUGCAAUACUUAUCGUGGUGGAUUUUGGAACUACUUCAGCAUGGGAAUGGAUGCUCAAGUAUCAUAUGCUUUUCACUCUGAGAGGAAGUUGCAUCCAGAAAAAUUUAAAAAUCAGUUAGCUAAUCAGAGUACUUACAUGAAACUUGGAUGCACUCAAGGGUGGUUCUGCACAUCUCUAUUUCAUCCUGCUUCAAGGAACAUGGCACAGCUAGCAAAGGUCAUGAUCAUGAAAAAACCAGGUCAAUGGGUGGAACUCUCCAUCCCCCGCAGCAUCAGGUCUAUCGUUUGCCUCAACUUGCCUAGCUUCUCUGGUGGAUUCAAUCCAUGGGGAACACCAAACAAGAAGAAACUGCGGGAUAGGGACUUGACUCCUCCAUACGUUGAUGAUGGCUUUCUUGAGAUCGUUGGUUUUAGAAACGCUUGGCAUGGACUCGUUUUGCUUUCUCCUAAGGGACAUGGGACUCGUCUUGCUCAGGCAAAUGGGGUUCGUUUUGAGUUCCAUAAGGGAGCAGCCGACCAUACAUUCAUGAGGCUUGAUGGGGAACCAUGGAAACAACCUCUUCCAGUUGAUGAUGACACGGUGGUGGUAGAGAUUUCUCAUUUUGGCCAAGUAAGCGUGCUUGCCACACCCUUAUGCCCAUCCAAGAGUAUAAAUGACCCUGCUUCCCCGGCCAGUUCUCGGGAUGAAGAAGAUGAUAGUUAUGACGAAGAAGAUUCUGAAGAUAAGGAAGAGCGAAGGAAGUUUGGUGCAUCUGACACUUUUAAAUUGCCAGAAGGUAUUGAUUUAGCUCAUCUCAGUUAAGCCUUUAACAAACCCCCUUCGUUUUCGUUUUUUUAUUUUUUUAUUUUUUCACUUUGUAUAUUCCCCCAAUUCAUUUUCUUUUUUUUUUUUUUUUGGGUUUGAUCGAGUACAUAAUCACAUGUAUGGUUGUUGCCUGGGGACUUAUGAACGGUUAUCUGGCAUUUUUUUAACAUUUUUUUUUUUUUUUAAUUUUUUGGGUGAACGGUUCUAUGGUAUUUUAGA